GUAUUUAUGUUGGAGAAAGCAUUCCUCUGAUUGUCUAUGGCAUUGUGAAGGUGGAGAAGUUCAUGAUCAGUGCAGAACUGAGCGGGCUGAGACUUGAAGCCAUCACAACCAAGGUGCAUGCCAGUGGCACUUACAAAAAGAAAGUUAAAGGUUUCCAGCACAGGGUUUCCUCAGAUUCCUCAUACACAGCACAUGUGGGUCACUCCAUGAUACAUCUGAGAGAGGGCAUACCUCCUGAACUGCAAACUGUGGUGACUAUAAAUAUCAACAAGUCGCAGAGCCUGCUGACUUCAGUCAUGCGCCGCAACAAGGAGCACAAUUCAAUCCUGGUCUCUAUUGGAGUCAUUGAUGUGGACAUCCCUCAGCACCCUGUGAUUUUACAUGACAUGAUGUCCAGAAGCUCGAAGAAAAUCACAGCCACCCUACAGGAACUUCGAUGGCCAGCUCAGAACAUAAACCGCCCACAUGUGCCCACUGAAGCCAAUCUUAAUCAGUCUGCUGCUGCCACUGCAGGCAUCCCCAGCAAAGUGCCAUCAGAGAAACCCAUGGAGAAAGUAGUUCGCAAGCACCUUCACAUUAAAUCUGUUAUGCAAGGCCUUGUUAUUGGUGCUUCUAUCUUACCAUCGCUGAAGGCCCAGUACAAAACUGAGGCUAUCACUUUAUCAGGUGUGCUGGGCAGGAAAGCACAUUUCACAGUGACUCUACCAACUCAUUUACUGAGUUUCAAGUCUAAGAUAACCGCAGCAGCUGUUCUUGCGGACUCACUCAUUCCAUCAGCAGCAAGCAUUGAACUUCCUCCAAUUCAAGUGAUUGCAGACUACAGAGUGCAGAAACCAGGCACUCUGCCACUGCUUGAAGGAAACUACCUCUAUGCUGUGGCUGAGGUUGGCAUGCUUGAGCACAGCUUGACCACAGACCUGCUGAACCAUCUGGUGUUUGUGCAGAAAGUUUUCAUGAAGGAAAUCAACGAAGUUGUGCAGAAGGUCUCUGGAAGUGGCGGUGGGCAUGAAAUCAGAUUCAAAAUAGAUCAGAACAUCUCACACAGAAACCCUCUGUUAUAUUCUGUGUCCGUGAGGCUGAAGGGCAUUCAAGUGACCGCUACAACUCCAACAUCUAAUGCUGUCAGAUUUGAAACAGGAGCCAUAACCCUGGACCUUUCAAACAGAUUUCACCUACCAAAGAAGGAGGAUCCAAAGAGAGAUAAGUCAGCUGAGGAGCAUGACAAAUAUGUCAGCAGUCAGAAGAUGUUUGUGCAAGCCGUAGUUGAUCUCAAUCUGGCCCUGGGUCAGCUUAUUAAGAAUCCUGUGUUUGAAGAAGCGGAGCCUGAGUUCCACACCAUGGCAUUCUUCAAGACAACAAUCAAGAUCAGAAAUGCUCUUCAGCAUGAGAUGAUACCAAAUCUGUCACAUGACCAGGAAGCAUUGCUUAUACAUUUGUCACGACCAAUCAUAUUGGCUCAGCCAUUAGCCUUUGACAAAGCUGUGCUUGUUUGGCUCAACUACAAAAAUGCUUAUGAGUAUUGGACUGAACAAAGGAUGGCAUUGAACAAAGAAGUGCUGACUGCCACCCGUCAGGUGAUGGACAAACUUCCACAGAUAGCCCCCACUUCAUCCCCAUCCAUCACCACACUGUUCCUGCAGCUGACUGUGGAUGAUAUGGGCAUUUGUGUCCCCUUGUUGUCUUCACCUUACCAGCCUGUACCAAAUCCUGGACCAGGCCUGCAGUCACCCAGAGUGACAGAAGCUGAACAAGGCUCGGCUCUUGUGCUGACUGUGGAAAGUACUCAGAUUUCAGCUUGUUCAUCUGGCUCCCUUGUUAGCAAGGGCAAGUUCAAAAAUUUCUGCCUGAGGUUUGCUGAUGAUUUUGGCACCUCCUGGGAUGACUGGAAGCCCAGAGCUACAGACUGUGGUGCUGUAAUGAAUCAGUGUAAUGUGCCGUCAGGCACAUACGAGGUCUGCUCUAGAACUAUCAACAAGCAAGAUACCAACAGCGGAAAUGCCAAAUGGAUACUCAAUGUCCAGUGGGAUAUGAAGGGCAUAGAUGUGCACCUCGAUACUGAUAUAGGCAAGAGGUUUACUUUACUGGGCCACACUCUCACCUUGCUGGCGGGCGAUGCUGCAGAAUCUCUGGCGGACGUCACACAUCCCACAAAGCAUGCAGAUGAUGAGAAUGGAGACUUUUAUGAAGACGACGAAGAUGCAGUUGACCUGAGCAGUCCAGGUACCCUGGACAACAGUCAAGAGGAACUACAGCUGAAGCGGCGGACAAGUCUUGCAUCCGACAUCCUUCCUGAAGAGAUUUUCUCUGAUCAUUUUGAUCCUAAAGAAAGAGCACGGAAGAUAGAAAGAGAGAUGAAUGAACAAGCUAAAAUAGUCCAAGAACUGAAGGAGUGUGGGGCUACAGAGGCAACAAUAGAGAUAGAGAGAAAGAAGUUGGAGGAUCUACAAGCACUGCUGUUUCAGGACUUUAGACGAGACUUAAUGGAGAUGCUGAAAAGAAAAGGAGACAGGGCUAGUCUGAUUAAAGAUAAACUUGGACUGAGCUCACGACCUUUGACACACAUGCGAUCUCGAUCUACAGGAACACAUAAACUCACUAGAUCGUACACAGAUCGUCAGACAACACUUUGUGCUGGUGAUGAGGAUGACAGACGGCUAUCAGACGACUUGAGCCGGGUGCCCAAGGUUUCAUUUUCUGGUUCACAACUGAGUACUUAUACACCACCAGGCACCCCAGUGAGGUCUGCCUAUACAGAGUCACUAUCAGAUGAUGAGGAUGAUGGUGAUGCUUUUCAUCGUAACAGGCAGAAGUCUAGAUCUCUGGAGGCCAUCCCCAGCUCUGGCUCUGAUUCACAAAAUGAUGAAUCAGCUCCGUAUAGAAGAAGACUGAAUGAAAAGAAAAGAUCAGAAGACUCAGGUUCUGGAAGUUCUAGAGAACAGAGCAACAAACUUACAGAACAGAACAUUGACUUUGAGCUUGAUGUCAAGGUUUUCAUUGACAGUGGAAAAUGUGUGCUGUAUCCUAAGGAGGCCAAAGAGGAGGAGGUUCGAAAACAAGCCAGGAGAGAAAAACAAGGAGGCAGUGAGCCCAGCCUAUUGACCUCCCCAACAAACAAGCGCAAGCUGAAGAAAGAAUUGUCAGGUGGCAGUAUUGCCAAUCAGAGGAAGAUGUCAGCAAAUCCUGAUACAACUAUUUUCUUUGUGCCAAGUUUGGCUGUAAAAGUUCACUACAAUUCCAAGACCGACCAUACAAACUAUGUAUCUCCCAAUGCCACAAUAGUAGAGGAGCCAGAGACUACAACCCUCCAUGAUGAAAGUCGGUAUCCUUUUGCGCCUGAGAUUAUGCUGACAGCACCACCGGCAUCCAUGAGAGAAGAUCCAGCCUCUUAUCUGGAGUCUGGCAGUCCUAGAAGAGCAGGCCAGUUAAAGAGGGCCAGUCUGUACGCUUGGCUCACAUUGCAGACUUUGCCUGAGGAGAUGAUUAUUAGUCCCACAUUUUUGGACUUUCUAGAGCAGGCAUUGGAACCUUUACCUGUGACAUCCAGUUCUUCACCAUCCAUUUUAAAAAGAGAUGUAAUGGACAGUCUAGUCAACAAUAUGGAACUGGAUGCUUCUCAAGUGUCUCUGGGGCAACAGUCCAUGGCAUUCUUUCCAGUUGAUGUUGUGGUGCACAUUAAGGUGGAUCCAUCUUUCAUUAGAUUCAACUGUCACCCGGUAUCACGAGUGGAAUGUCUGCUCCAAGUCCCAUCUCUGGACUUGUUUUUCUCCACCAAGAAGACAGACAUCAGUGAGAACAUGCUGUCAGACAGUGCACAGGCAGCAAAGACAAAUAAAUUCCAAGGAUUCAAACAGUCUGUGCCCAGCCCCAACAACAAUCAGCAAUCUCCUAGAAGCAGACACACCAGUGGCCUGUCAGACAACUCCUUCUACCCAGGCCCUGGCUCUGGAGGUUUGAGUGUCACUGGCUGCAUGUCAGACUUCUCCUUGUACAUUUUCCAUCCUUAUGGCACAGGAGUCCAGCGUAGGAUGCAAGGACAGGCAGACUCUCCAGCAUUCAGAGGUCAAAGUGGUCUUGAGCGUAUAUCAGAAAAUGCAACAAAUGCCAUUCAUGAUCUUGGUCGUAGAGAUUCCCUCAGUCUCAACGUUGAGUUCAUUCGUGUGAACAUAUCUCGUACCCGUAAACUGGAGUGUUACAGUGAGUCUGGAGAAGCAUCAGUCAUGUCUGACCAGCAGACUCGAUCCAAUGUGGUCAGGUUUUCUGCCAUCUGUGACAUUGGCACAGCUUCAUUCAAGUAUGACAUGCGUCGCCUGUCAGAAAUUCUGUCACUGCCCAAAGCCUGGUACCGGCGCACCUUGGCACGACGUCUGUUUCUGGGUGAUGAGAGUGUCAACCCAAACAGGGGGGAUGAAGCAGAUUCCCCACUCCCAACCAAUCAAAUGCCCCUGCACUCAGGUUUCAUGUCACAGAACUCCAUGUCUCACCCAUCCCUCAAUGUGAUUAGUGCCCCUCUGCCACUGAAAAAGCAUCACCGGCGUGGCUCCUCUGGUGAUAAAGUUCGUGUCCAGUUGAGCCCAGAGUUUACAACUGAGAUAGCUUCCAGACGAGGUGCUCAUUCAUCCCAGCAAGCACCUGCAGAACCAUCCAGUCGGGAAUCAACAAUCCACCGCAAGAAGUCCAGAACUCUGUCCUCUCCAGAUAUGCCAAGGCAUCGCCACAGCAUUGCAGGAUUGACAGCAGCCUCAUCGUCCUCACCUACCACCACCAGUGUCAGCAGUUCCUGGGAAACUCUGGUUCUGUUUGCUGUCAACCUCACACAACUCAACCUGGAAGUCAACAUGGCAAAUGUCAUGGGCAACACAGAAUGGUGUACCAAAGCUUUGAAAACACAGGGCAGGUUAUCCAUCAACAGCAGCGGUCACAAGAAUUUGAAAAUUGAGGCCGGCUUUGGCAAGUCUUCAUUUGAGUCUAAAGGAGGGAUUGUUGGUGGCACUAUUGAUAUCAAUAACCUUCAUGGUUUCUUUAGUGUGUGUGAAGACCCAAAGCUUGGCCAGGAUCCUGACCAUCAAGCAGGCCUGAGUACUUCUGCCCUUGAGACUAAAAUUGACUACAUGGGCUCCUCCAUUAUCAUGACCAGGCUGAGCGACCUGGACUUGUUGUUGAAGGAUGAGUGGCAUGUAGAUUCUGAUGCACAGAUGGACACUCCACUGGCUACCAACAGGUCAGCAUUCCUGUUUGUUAAUGGCAAACUCUCCUGGUCCCAUUUUCAUCUCAUGAUAUCCCGGUCUACAACUCCAGACUUAAUCAAAAUAAUUUCCAAAUUGGACGAGUUUUUCUCUCAGCAAGUUAUGAGCAGUCGUAGAGUCUUCCAGCAUACUACUUCUGUCUACCCAACAAGCACCCAGACCAAGGUUCCUCGAAAAAUAUCAGAGAGUGCUGUGAUGGAUGAGCUCCGCCAUCACCGCCACUGGCAAGAAGCUUUAGGUCAUCUGAUGGGAUACCAAUUUUCCAUGCUGCCAUCAAUGCUACCACAGCAGGGUAUGGUUCUUGGUGGCACAAUGACCUUGGAAGGUCAAGGUCUUAUGCUGGCCUCAUUUCAUGGAGUUAAUUUCCGUGCUAAAUACUGGGCACUGUUCAACAUCAAAGACCCAUAUAUUUACUUUUCUACAGAAGCUCAAAAAAUUCCAGAAGGAGUACAUAUAGUCCAAGACCUUCAGUUCAUUGUUGGGCAGCAGGGGAAAGAGCCAACAGGAGUCACAUCUCCUCAAGCCAUUCACAACCACAUGGCAACAAUCUGCAAAAUCUCCCGCACACAGCACAUGCCUCCCAAUUUUACCACAGUGGAUGAAUGGUUCACUUACGCCAUGACAUCCUCAGCAACAGAUCCCAAAGUUGUUACUGAGUUCUUUGGUGAGAGAAUUGAAGAGGAAGCCAGCCAUAAAUUCAGCAAGGUGAAGGCUACAUACUACAGUCAUGAAACAGAAGUCAUUUUUGCCUUUCCCUCGUUGUACAUGAAUCUCAAGACAUGCCACUUCCAGGAGGAACUGCCACCUGCAGAAGAUGGACCUAGGCCAGUUGUAGAGUGCAGUUUUGUGGCAGAGUUUUAUGACCACAUCUAUGUCGCUAUGAAUGCUGAAGUGAUUCUCUUCCUUCAUGAUCUGGUUUCAUCAUAUAUCAGGGAGAAGGACAGAGGUUCAAGUUCAGGUGCUAGAGCAUCAGCAACUAAAGUUGGUAAGGCAGACAGCAAACUGUCAGACCCAACAUCAGCUCUCAAACAUGACUACAGGAGCUUUGAAUGCAAGACCUGGCAGCUAGAACCAACUUUGAGACUCAUCCACUGGGCCAGUACACAGAUAGACCCUGUUGGAGCCGACUAUGUGCUUCAGAAGCUUGGAUUCUCCCACGCUAGGGUGACCAUUCCCAAAUGGGUCCAGCGUGGGUUCAUGGAUCCCCUUGACAAAGUGCUUUCUGUUCUUGUGGACAAGCUGAUCACCACUUUGAGGGAUCAGCAAAGCAGUGCCAUGAUAGAAGAAGCUACAGACGCAGACAGUGCAGACAAGGCUUAA